GACCAUCUGGACACUGUCGGUGAUGGACUACGUUUCCCACAGGCCCCAGGGCCGCGAGUGAACGUCGGCCUUUGGUUCCCCUUCCGGUGUCGUGGUGCUUAUUGGGUUAUGCCCGUUCUGCAAGAGAAGCUCCUGAAGUGGAGGAGAGCAUUGCUACUUACAUAAUGGCCCGUUCAAGUUUUGAUGGGGAGCCUGUCUGUGGAGCUCCUCAUGCUGUCAUGCCAGAAGUGGAAUUCCCUGACCAAUUCUUGACAGUUCUAACUAUGGACCAUGAAUUGUUGACAUUCAGGGAUGUGGUCAUCAACUUCUCUCAGGAAGAGUGGGACUAUCUGGAUUCUGCUCAGAGGGACUUGUACUGGGAUGUGAUGAUGGAGAACUACAGCAACUUAGUCUCACUUGAUUUGGAGUCCAAGUAUGACACAAAGAGUUUAUCUAUAGGGAAGGACAUUAUUGAAAACAAUGGUUCUCAGUGGAAAGUAACAGAAAGUGGUCAAUUCAUUGGCCUUGAGACCUCCAUUUUUAGAAAUGACUGGCAAAGCAAAACCAAGAUUGAAGUACAAAGACCUGAGGUGGGAUAUUUCGGUCAAAUGAAAAUCAUCUCUGAAAAAGUGCCCAAUUACAAAAAUCAUAACUCUAUUAAAUUACAUCAGAAAAUUUAUGAUAGCAAGAAGCCCUAUGAAUGUAAAGAAUAUGGGAAGUUCUUUAGUUGUGACUUAAACUUUGCUGAAUAUGACAGAAUACAUACUGGUGAGAAAACCUAUGAAUGUAAUGGAUAUUGGAAAACCUUUGGAGUAGAUGACCCACAUACCCUACCACUAAAUAGUCAUAUUGGUGUAAAUCCUUGUAAAUAUAUGGAAUAUGAGAAUGCAUUUCAUUUUUAUGAAGACUUUAGUGUUCAUCAGAAAAUUCCUGAUGAUCAGAAGUGCUAUAAGUGUAAGGAAUACGGAAGGACCUUCAGAAGAGUUGAAGAAAUUGCUCCACUUCAAAGAAUGCAUGAUGUUGAGAAACCCUAUGAAUGCACAUUCUGUGGGAAAUCCUUUAGAGUGCAUGCACAACUUACUCGACACCAGAAAAUCCAUACUGAUGAGAAACCUUAUAGAUGUAUGGAAUGUGGCAAGGACUUUAGAUUUCAUUCACAGUUAACUGAACACCAGAGAAUUCACACUGGUGAGAAACCGUACAAAUGUGUACAAUGUGAGAAGGUCUUCAGAAUUAGUUCACAGCUUAUUGAACAUCAGAGAAUUCAUACUGGUGAGAAACCUUAUGCAUGUAAAGAAUGUGGAAAGACUUUUGGAGUCUGCAGAGAACUUGCUCGACAUCAGAGAAUUCAUACUGGUAAGAAACCCUAUGAAUGCAAGGCAUGUGGAAAGGUCUUUAGAAAUAGUUCAUCCCUGACUAGACAUCAGAGAAUUCAUACUGGUGAGAAACCCUAUAAAUGUAAGGAAUGUGGGAAAGCUUUUGGAGUUGGUAGUGAACUUACUCGACAUCAGAGAAUUCACAGUGGUCAGAAACCAUAUGAAUGUAAAGAGUGUGGAAAGUUCUUUAGACUUACUUCAGCCCUUAUUCAACAUCAGAGAAUUCAUAGUGGUGAGAAGCCUUAUGAAUGUAAAGUAUGUGGGAAGGCCUUUAGACACAGUUCAGCCCUUACUGAACAUCAGAGAAUUCAUACUGGAGAGAAACCGUAUGAAUGCAAGGCAUGUGGGAAGGCCUUUAGACACAGUUCAUCCUUUACAAAACAUCAGAGAAUCCAUACUGGUAAGAAACCCUAUGAAUGUAAGGAAUGUGGGAAUACGUAUAGUAUGGGCAGGCACUUUACUUGAUAUCAAAAAAGUUAUACUGGUAAGAAAUCUUUUGAAUGAAAGAUGUGUAUAAAGGCCUUUUGUUUCUGUUUCACUGUAAAAAGCUGUGUAUUUAAUAAGAAGUAAUCAAGAGGAUUCAAUAUAUCUUUCUUAUUAAAUCUCUUUCCAGACUCAUUUAUGGCUACUCUACUCAGCAGUAGAAUUGGUUAGGAAUAGGUGAUAUAUACUUUCAGCUUUGUUAGAUAUUGCCAGAUAUUUCUCCUUUUAUAUCAGUUAACAUGCUGAAUGUCCAUUUAUGUAGGAUGAUCUUUAUUAAUCUGUUUCUGAAAUGUGUGGAAAAUGUAUUUCCCUAAUUAUUAUUUGAGUUAUUCUUAUAUGAGUUUCUUGUGUAGGCAGGUUUUGCUUAGUUACUUUUGGUGUUUUUGUUCUUUUGUCUAUUCAUUGUUUUUGGCUUACUGAUUUGUAAUAUUACUCAAAUACAUCUUUUGCAUUCUAAUUUUUUGCUUGUUAUAUAUGACAUACUUAUCUUCUUCCAGAGAGUUAGAACUCCCAGUCAGAUACUAUGUGGUUUUAAAGUCUUGUGGCCCUGCAUGGUGUUUGUAUAUAUUUUUUUGUUUUGUUUUAUAUUGUUUUUGUUUUAAUGGUAGAUGUAUAAUCUCCUUUCCAUUGUCAUCAAAUGGUUGACUUCUUCUUGAAUUUCUAUUUUGACACGACAGAUUUCGCUAAAUACCUACUACAACAAAAUUCCUUUAAAGGAGGCUUUUCACCAUGAGGCAGUACCAGUCAGGAUCUAAAUGAAAGGAGCACUUUUAAAUACUUCAUAAACUUUACUAACCCAAUCUUAUGAGUCUCUUAAAUUUGUUAACCAUCUUUAAAGGGAGGCAAAAAUCUACAACUAUUGCAGUGAUUAUAGACUGAUAACUAAACUUACAUUAAAAGGAUUUAUAACUUUCAUUACCAUGGCUUCAACUGGGUUUUGUAUCUAUUCAUAAUUUUCCUUUUUAUUUCCUCUAUGUUGCCUUACUAGGUUUUGGCAGUUGAACAAUCAAUAGACCUUUGAUUUUAGGGAUCUCACUGGACUCCAAAAAAA